AUGAGAACCGAUCUAGUCACACGCAUACGCUUCCGCAAAAGUCAGGGUGUGACACCCACCAUCGCCGUCACUACCAACUCCGCCACUGACCACUACCACCGUCGCCGCCACCCACCUCUGCCCUCACCGUCACCCGCCACCACUUACCAACGCUGCCACCUACCUCAGCCCCCGCUGUCACCCGCCACCACUCACCGCCACCAUCCGCCGCCGUCACCCACCUCCGCCGCCACACGCCACCACCUCUGUCGCCACCCACCGUCACCCACAGCCGACAUCUUCGCCCCUGCCAUCACCCCCCACCACUCACCACCCCCGCCUGGAAGCGUCACCAAUCUCUGUCGCCACCCGCCACCACCUCUACCACCCGUCACUUGUCGACACCUACCACCAACGGCAACACCGCCACUGCCACAACCACCACCCACCCACUGA